AUGCUCCGCUACAACAAUGAUAUCGCGGCCGAUUGUUCCAAUUUCCCUGAUGUAGGCACCUCGCUCUGUCUUCCUGCCACUUGCGAUGUGUACACCUUGCAGGCAAACCAGAGCUGCUAUGAUAUCACUCUGGCCUAUAAUUACACUUUCACGGUGACGCAGUUGAACUCGUGGAAUCCAGAUAUCAACCGAGACUGCAGUAACCUGGAGGUAAUGGUCGGGACCCAUCUCUGCGUCAGCCCUCCAGGAGACACAGCGGGAUCCAGCAUGACGAUGACCACGACGUCAACUAUUGCAACGCCUACACCUGCACCAACCAAUAUCGCGAACGGGACAAACGCCCGUUGCGGCAAGUACUACGAAGCAGUGCCGGGGGAUACCUGCAGCUCUAUAACUGUGAUGAUGGCCAUCAGCUUGGCCGAAUUCUAUUUCCUGAACCCCGAGGUCAACAGCACCAGCUGCAACAAUCUCCUGGCCGGCUCCUCCUACUGCGUCCAGGCCGUGGGCGAUAUCGCGACCUAUUUGGGAUACGGAGGAUAUAGCAACCCCUGCAUAACGUCGGUUCCUCUCCCAUCCAGCUGCCUAGCAACCGCAGUGUCGACCACCGACUCUGACUGGACGUUUCCCACCUACUCGACCAAUGCCACCCAGCCGACCCCUUUACCACUGGCUCCGGGGACCUGGUCUAACUGCUCGACUUACACGCAGUACAUUUCGCCGAUGCGGAAUACCUCGACAAUUAACUCUUGCUACGUUGUGGCAAGCAUGUACGAUGUGGACGUGACAGACUUUGUCUCCUGGAAUCCCUCCCUCUCUUAUGACCCGGACGCAGCUGAUCCCAAUGACUGCCAACUCAAACCGGGGUAUCAGUACUGUCUCCAGUUGACUAAAAACACGGCUAUACCGACCACAACGACGGCGACGACGACGACAAGCAGCACAACAACCAGUGGACAGGCCACGAGCACGGGACCAAGCGGACAGCCGACCCCGUUGCCUAUCCAGGUACUUACAUCCUCUCUAUCCCCCUGCUACGACAUCGCCCUAGACAACCUAUAUACCUGGAAUCCGGCACUAAAUGGGGACUGCACGGGUUUGUAUCCGGAUUAUUAUAUCUGCGUUGGGUUGCUUGGUAGCACAACCGCCACCGCAACGACGACGACCACAUCCGUGGAAGUUUCAACCCCCACUCCAACCCAAGCCGGAAUGGUAGCGGACUGCACUUCGUUCUACGACGUUCAGAGCGGGGACGGCUGCUCCGACAUCGCGGCAGAGAAUGGUAUCGUCCUGGACGAGCUAUACCUCUGGAACCCAGCGUUGAAUGGGGACUGUUCUGGCUUGUGGCCUGACUAUUAUAUCUGUGUCGGGGUUGGUUCUGCCACCACUACAAGUACAGCUACUACUACCACGGCGCCAGGGGCAGUCGCAACACCGACUCCCACCCAAUCUGGGAUGGUAAGUGGUUGCAAAUCAUUUUACUACGUUCAAAAUGGAGACGGCUGCUAUGAUAUCGCGGCUGAAAACGGGAUCGCCCUGAAUACGUUGUAUGGCUGGAACCCGGCGCUGAAUGGGGACUGCAGUGGGUUGUGGCCGGAUUAUUAUCUUUGUGUGGGGAUGUAA